AACCAACGACGCACCAAACUUGAACUGCAUGCCAACUCAUUCAACUAUACGCAGUCUUUGAAGUUAGCUUUGCAAUAACUGCUCAAUUUAAAUAUUAGUUUAACUGUCCAACGCUUUUAUUUUCUGUCUGUAGGCUACUAAUGGCAGCGAAAGUUGUAGGUGUGCGAAUUUAUCCCCCAGUUGUGGAGUUUAUCGACGUGAAAGCCGGGGAGGUUUACAAAACAACUCUCACAGUUACAAACACGGGGAAAUCUAAUAGACGAAUGCGAUUGCAUGGACCGAUUUCUAAGCUUUUCAGGUUGCGGGUGGUGAACCCGGACACACCCAUUGCUGCGGGGCUGUCCUUCACCGCCACAGUGGAAUACGCCCCAGAAAAGGAAGAAAACACUGCUGAUCGCUUGGUCCUAGUCUCAGAUCAUGACGUCAUUGAGAUUCCGCUCCGUGUGUAUUGCCCAGCCUGCUCUUUGCGGAUGGACUCCCUUGUUGAUUUUGGCUCUGUGGUGGCAAAUAGUCAGAUUAUCAGUAAGGAUGUGGAACUGACCAAUCAAGGAUCUGCUCCAGGUGCCUUUGAGAUCCUGUACCAGGGGGACACGCCCCUCAGCAUCACGCCCUCCAGUGGUGUCGUGGCGCCCGGAGGCACUGAACUGGUGAGAGUGGAGCUGUGUGCUGACCAACCCCAGAGGGUGUGUGAGGAGGCCACGGUGAAGCUCCAGGGUAGCAGUGACUCGGUUCUGAGGAUCUGUGUCGAGGUGGUGCAGCAGGCUCUGGAGUUGCUGGACCCUUCUCGCGAGGUGAAGCUGUCCUGCCUCCGAUUCGGCCCCACUUAUUUUGGGACGUCGCGGCUGGAGAGAGUGGUUCUGGUGAACAGGGGCCCGGAGCCCAGUGACUGGGUGGCCCUGUUGCAGGACGAUGCCGUCGGAACUGAAGCGGGCACUGACCUGCAAAAGAACACGUGUGUGGAGCUGCUGGACCGAGACCGACGGGGAGACGCUGCCCUGGGGGAUUUCUCUGCUGUGCUCACCUGUGUGCCCAGUGAGGGGAGGCUGGAACCCAAUCAGAGAGCCCUCCUUUCUGUGUGCUUCAGUCCUGCGGAUGACAGGGCUCUCAAAGACAAAGGCAGCUCUGUCCAUCCUCCCAAACGAGACUUCAGCCUCUUCAUGAAGUUUGAGAUUGUGGGCAGUAAAGAAGGCUUCAUACAGCAGCUGAGCAGGACCACACUUCCCUGCAACGGAAGUGCGGAGCUGGCAGUCACAGGGUCUGCGCUCCCGCUCUCACUCUCCGUCAGUCCCAGCUACAGCUAUGACUUCCAGCAGUGCAUGAUGGGAGAGCGUGUGGACUUCCUGUGUGUCCUCCACAACCGCUCCGCUCUGCUUCCCGUCGCGUUCCGCUUCCGCAAGACCGCCAACUUUGCCACCGAUCCGUCCAGCGGGCACAUCUCCCCUGGGCAGUGCCAGGAUGUGGUGCUGUCCUUCGUCCCGCACCAGAUGGGCGUUUUCCGAGUGAAGCACGUCCUGGAGGUGCUGGGUCAGGUGGCGCACCUGGACCGCGCCGCCGCACAGCUGCACCUGCAGAGCUUCCAUCACGCGGCCCUGCAGCUGUCCGCUGCGUGUGCGGCGUCGAGCGCGAGCGUCACACGUAACGCUGGGUCAGGAUUCACUCGGGCUGUGACCACGGAGACGGGCCGGUCUGAGAGCGUGUGGGCAGGUGAGCUGGACACCUGUGUGGGCGGAGUUCACCUGGCAGCUCCAGGUGCAGCCAUGAUGCGCUCGCUCCGGGGCAGCCAGAAUCCGGGACAGAGCCAGUGCGUCACCAUGAAGUACCGGACCACAGCACAACCGUACAGUUACGUGGACCCAGACUUUGCCUUCACUGAGGAAGAGGAGGGGCAGAGGAAGCAGCACAAAGAGAGAUACCUCCACUUUAUCAGAGCCCUGCGCCAGUCCCGCCUGCAGAGGGCCAGAGACAGGAAGCUGGCUGCGGCCCAGGGUGAGGUGAACAUCGGGAUCCCUCCGGCUGCGGGCCUGGUCCCCCCGCGCCUCUCCCUGCAGGACAUGGAGCUGGACCAGAGCGACGGGCGUGGCCUCGCCCGUCGGACCGGCCUGCUCACCACCUGCGCGCUUGCUGCCAUGGAAACCAGGGCGGCCUCCAGACUGGUGACAGAAGGGAUGAAUGCGGUGCCCUCCUCUGCAGAAGAGACGGCCGACUGCGGGAAAGCUCUGUCUGCUCAGCAGCUCUACCAGGUGGUCAUCGGCCCGUCGGCGGUGGACUUCGGCGAGGUGUGCGCGCAGUCCGUCUCCGCGCGGCAGCUGAGCGUGGCGAACGGCCUGCGGGCGCACGUGUGGGUGCAGGUGGAGGUGGGCUGCCCCGAGCUGCAGCGCUCCAGCCCCCUGUCCCACGUCCUGCCGCCCCUGUCCAGCACCACGGUGCCCCUCAUCUUCGAGAGCGCCACUCUGGGCUCCUUCAGCAGGUGUGUCUCAUACACAGUGAACAGGAAGCACUCUGGUCAUGUGGUGGUCCAGGCGGAGGUGGUCCCUGUGGCCCUGGAGCUCUCGGCCUCAGAGGUGGUCCUGUGCCCCACCCACGGCCUCCUCGCCCAAUCAGGCUACAGAGGCAGCGUCACACUGUCCAAUCGGCGCAACCACCCGGCCCACUUCACCUGGAAGCCCAUUAUCACCGACCGUGGCAUCGCGUUCUCAGUCCGACCUGCCACAGGUACCGUGGAGGCCUACCGUGAGCUGGACUGUGAGGUGGUGUGGCACCCUUCAUUCUACUCCCCCCUGGAGGGGCAGUUUGACCUGUGCGUGCACCAGGGCAACACUGCCAGGCUGCAGUGUGUCGCUAAGGUUGGGUCCUGCAGUGUCCAGCUGGCAGAAAAGCACAUGUUAUUGGGUUCAGUGCCUCUCAAUUUCACAACCAUUAGAACCACAGUAUUGCGCAACACUGGCCACAACCACGCCUACUUCCAGGUUUUUGAUGUGUACCCCCUGCCGGGGAUGGUGGUGACUCCCUCAGAGGGUGUGGUGCCUGUGGGAGGGCAGGCGGAGAUUCAGAUCCACUUCACUCCGGAAGCGGUGGUGAAGUUCGACACCAGAGUGGAGAUUGGUGUGAAGAGCUCUAAAUCCCUGGAGCUGAGGCUGGGGGGGUUUGUGGAGCCCCCCCUAGUGGACAUCAGUGUGAAGUCCUUCCAGUUCCACGGCGUCCAUUCUGGCUCUACCCGAGCGGUUCCUUUCACCCUUCAGAACCUCUCCUCCUCCCCGGCCUGUGUGCAGUUUGACCUGUCGGAGCACAAAGACUUUGCUGUGGAGUUCCCUCAGGGCACAGGCACCAGACUGGAGUCGCACCUCUAUAAGAUAACACUGGAGGGGCUGGAAACGGUGGAGUGUUCUCUCAUAUUCUCCCCGAAACAAGUCGCGGCGUACGACUUCAACCUGCCUGUGACUCUGAACAGCAUCGGGGCCCCCUCUCCUCCCCCGAGCUCCGUGCCCAAAACGCCGUCCUUCCGGGACAGGCACAUCGUCACCCCGCGGCCUCAGGCGGUCACCGUGGUGACGCCGUCCCGCAGGGUGCAGGCCACAGCUCUGAGGCCCCCUCUGGAGAUGUCUCAGUCCAGCGUACAUUUUGAGAUAAACCCUGUGGAGGGGUCAGCCACUGCAGUGAAGAUACAGACCCUGGAGCUGAGGAACUCCUCCCAGGAGGAGGUGCGCUGGAGGUUUGCUUGGAGAGCACCUGCACACGGGGCCGAGGAGGGCGAGUUCGCCGUCUCCCCGGAGACCGGAGUCCUGCGGGCCGAGCAGUCCGUGUGCAUUACCAUUACAUUUUCACCAGCCUCACCCGGAUGCCUCAGUGUCACGCUGCCUCUCUUCCUGUGGGAGGAGACGCUCCACCCCUACAGACUGCUCUCCCUCAGCGCCCGUGUGCACGCGCCCACCAUCUCCUUCCUGCCCGCGCGUGUCAUCCUCGCACCCGUGCCUCUGGACACGCCCGCUUCUGCCACACUCACCCUGCUGCCCAGUGGGUACACCAGGGGGUCCUGGCUUCGGGUGGAGCUGGAGGAGGUGGUGCUGGAGGACGGCGGGCGGGUGCAGCCCUUUUCGGUGGUCCUCCCCCAGGGCGGGGCCGUCCCAGCGCAGUCUGCAGGGAGCAGCGAGCCCCUCACCUGCUCCGUCACCUUCCGCUCCCAGCAGCCCCUCUCCGUCGCCUCUCUCAUCACCUUCUCCGACCGGGACGGCAACAGGUUUCAGGUAGAGGUGUGUGCGACGGCGGAUAACUGCCUGCUGACCGUCUGGCCUUAUCUUGCUGUGCAUCGCUCCGACCAGCAGAUCAUUCUCAAGAGUGGACAUCUGAGUGGGGAAUCGGGACAGACCCAGCUGAUAGGGGAGGCCAUGCUUCGACCGUGCCCCUCCCGUGACUCCCUGUCCCGCAGCACCACCUCCAGCUCCACCUUCGCCAUGCUGAGCUCCGUCAGGGGGGAGACGCCAUCCAACUCGGAGGUGGAGAGCGGCAGCGAGUGUGGGCCGCAGAGGAAAGAGCAGCCGGACGUCCCGGAGAGGAUGGGGGCUCUGGGGCUCCCCUGCUUCCCCCCCGAGGACUCCGAGGAGAGCUGCUUCUGCCAGGCCGUCCUGCAGGCUGCGCAGAACUGGUUCAGCCAAUUCGGCUGGCCCCGGGGGCCACACCCCAUCACCCUGCCCCAGGGCCUGAGGAGGGCCGUGUGUAAGAUGCUGGCCCCUGACCCGGGUCAGAAGAAGGCCUACCAGGUGCACCAUGGGAAGGACACGAAGACCGUCUACGACAUGCUCCUCCACCUGAGCGGCCAGGUGCUCCCCGGACUCAGCAGCAGCCAAUCGCUGCCCCGCAGUCUGCCGAAACGCGCCGAGCAGCUCCGCCGCCAGCACGCCACGCUCCUGUCCUUCCUCAGCGCUCAGGGGGCCUGCCUGUCCCAUAUUAGACCUGAGUACCUCCUGGAUCAGCAGGAAUACAACCACUGGCAGUCCCUACCAGAUCAGCAAAAGAAUGGGGCAGUGGGUCCGGUCAGUCUGGAUGACAUGGCCUUUGAGUCUCUGAGCAAACGUGCCUGGACUGAUGUUCUGCUGCAAACCUACAAGGUCUUGGUGCUCCCCCGGGUUACAGAGGUGAACUUGGAAAAUCUCCCGGAUUGGGAGAGUUUUGGGCACAUCCCCAGGAUCAACCCUGACCCCCUAGCCAGCAACAUCUACUCCACCUGGGAGAGAAGGCUCCUCACCUGGCUCAACCUUCACUACCACAAGAUGAGAAGCGUGGUGUGGAACCCCAGCGUCUGUAAAGGUGACGUCCCGCCGGCCCGGUGGAUCGUGAACUUUGACCUGGACCUGGUGGACGGACUGGUCCUGGCGGCUGUGCUGGCAGCGCACUGCCCUUUCCUGAUUCCCACUCACUUCCAGAGGAUGUACACCAGCCCCAGCAGCCUGGAGCAGAACCUCCACAACAACAUCAUCCUGAGCCAAAGCCUGCAGCUGCUCCGCCUGGACAUUGACAUACAGGCUACAGACCUCUCUGACCCAAACCCCAUUCAGCUUCUGAUGUUAUGUUUGCAUCUGUAUGAGCGCCUGCCUCAGUACCUGCCUAAAAGGACAAUCACACUGUCAGGCAGUCUGCACUGCACCUUCACAAAACAGUUGCGGCUGAAGAACCCCUCCACCAGAACGCUGCUGUACCACGCCUCCAUCCUGGGCCAGGAGUCGCCCCACUUCUCCCUGCCGCACGGCCCCACCGUCAGCAUCCCCCCAAACUCUCUUUACCUCUGUCUGUUUCUCUGCCUCCAGGGUUUUGGGAGAUGCAGAUCACCGUGUUACCAGCUGGCAGAGACCAAGCUGAAAGUGGUGAAUCCCUUCAGUGAAGAUGCCAGAUUCAGAGUGUCUAUGCUGGAGUCCAAAGAGAACCUGACCCAGGCAUGUGACAAAGAAGGCGGUCCUACGGACCUGAUCCAGCGAAUAACGUCAGCGGGCAGUCCGGACCAACACUGCGGAGACAAUCAGCCGAAUGAGAGGAUGGAGACAAACGCUGGAGAUGGAGCUGCUGGGGCCAUCAGUGAGUUUUUCAGCCCCCUGAAGAAUGUGUGUCUGAAGACGGGGGGUUUCGACUUCCUGGAAAUUCAGUACCUUCCUUUUCACCAGGGCAAGAGAUACUGCUUCAUUCUUCUGCUCAACGAACAGGUGGGGGACAUGGUGUACUUAGUUGAUGGAACUGCAGACCUCCCCCUGCCAUCUCCGCUGAUUUCAGAGCCCAGUCCUAAUUUGGUGCAUCUCAGCAGUUCUGUAACUGUGGGGACCGGCAGGCAGAAAGCCGCGCUGCGCUUCAGGUGCAGCGCGGGCGGCGGCGGCCUGCGGGAGAGGGUGCGCGUGCCGCUGGUGAACGAGGCCUGGGAGCGCGCGCUGGUCGCCGUGGCGACGCGGGGCAUGUCGCCGCUGGAGCUGGAGAGGCGGUGGAGGACUGGGACCGUGGACAGCAGCACCGUCAGGGCGGGCGUGGCCGCAGCAGGACUGACCGCCACUCAGACUCAGGUGAUGGAGUACAGUGUGGAGGUUUCCAUGCCAGAGCACUUCCUCCUCCCGGACACCAUCUCACUUCCUGUGGGCAGCGAGGGUGGAGACUCACAGCUCUGCUCAGAUGGUGAGGGGGUCUGGGUGCCCCUGCAGUUCCGCCCCGGGUCAGAAGGGCGGUACCGGUGCCAGGUGGCGCUGCGCUCCUGGCAGGACGUGCGGGUGCACGCGCUGGAGGUGACGGUGCGCGGGGAGGAGCUCCAGGCCGAGCUGGAGUUCACCGCGCCCGCCCACACGUCCGUCACUCAGGACAUCCCGCUCAACACGGAGACCCUGAAGGACUGCAGGCUGCGGGGCCUGCUGCCUGUGUGGGGCUUCUCUGCCCCACCUGUAGUGUACGUCAGAGCGGGACAGAGGCUCAGCUACCCCGUGACCUUUCACCCUACCGCCAAGUGUGUCGUCAUGGGCCGUCUCUCCCUGGUUAAUGAGGCGGAUGGGACGGAGUACAGUUUCGGUGUGCGGGGGCUGGGGGAGCGGCCAAGGGCUCAGGACCAUGUUCAGAUUCACUGCGCUGUGCAUGCAGUGGCCCAGGCCAGGCUGCAGGUCCCCAACUACAGUCAGAGCACUGUCAUGUGCAAGGUAGUUUCUGACCUGUCCAUUGUCAGUGGACCUCCCACUCUUGAGAUUAAACCAGGACACUGUGUCCCAUACACCAUCAGUGUGUCUCCAUGGAAACGAGGAAUACACAAAGGGGAGAUCUCCUUUGUAGCUGCAGAGAGGGCCGCUCCAGCUAUGGGCAGAAACUCCAUCUGUACACCUGACCAACUUCUGCGUGACCCAGAAUAUCAGGGCGAGAAGAUCUGGCCCUACGAGGUGUGGUUCUCCUUGGAGGUGAUCUGUUCUCCUGCCCCGCCCGUGAAGGUCAUGACCGUCCGCUGCGCUGUCCACAGCUCUGUUACCGUGGAGAUUCCAGUCACUAACCCAGGGGCGGAGCCUGUGCAGUUGCAGGUGUUUGUGGAGGGUCCUGACCUGUCCGGGGAUGUUAGCAUUGGUGUGCCAGGCCAGGAAACACUCUCUUACCUGGCCAGGUUCGCUCCAGCGACAGUGGGAAGGAAGUCUGGCAGUGUUGUCUUCCAGUCUGAGGUGCUCGGGGAGUUCUGGUACCAGCUGGAUCUGAUGGCUGACCCGCUAGCCCCCACAACCCUGCCCGACUGCAGCUGUGAAUUGGGAAAAUGGACGAGGAUUUCCCUCCCGCUGUGGAACCCCACAGACGAGACGCUGGAGCUGGACGUGCUCAACAGCAACCCCCAGAACUUCGCCCUGGAGCCAGGCACCGGCCACGAGCUCACUGUGGAGCCUCACUCCAGCACCCAGGUUCUGGUGCGGUUCUCACCUUCUGCUCUGGGUAGAGGAAACCACACCGCACGCGUCUGUUUCACCUGCCCCCAGCUGGGCGAGUGGGUUUUCCUGCUGUCCGGGACGGGCGUGGCUCCGGGGUCCAUGGAGUCCCUCUCCGUCGCCAGUAGAGUGGGAUCCCACUCCUCCCUCAUCCUGCCGUUCAGGAACCCCAUGGAGGACGAGGUGGUGCUUCACGUCUUCCUCACAGAUGAAGAGCAAAGCUUGAGCACCCUACACCCCUCAGUCCUGGGACAGUCCCAUGAGUGCAUGACGAAGGCCUUCAGCAUCCCGCUACGAAAGACACAAGGUAUCGCUCUGGCUCCAGAGGCCAUCCUGGACGUGCCAGUGGUGUUCACCCCAGACUCCAUGCAGCGGUACUCUGCCUGGGUAGUCAUCCUAAUGGAGCCAAGGAAUGGACAGAGCUGGAGCUCUGAUAGGCUGGGGGAGCAAGAGGGCAGGGCUACCAGCGAAUGGGGCGGAGAGGGGGCGGAGCUCACUGAUAAUCAGCAGGACAGGUCUCUCGGUGUGGCAGCGGAGCGCGCCAGUCCGCGGGCGAUUCGCUGGGUGUACCCCGUCCACGGCAUCCCCGAGGCUGUGCUCGGCCCCUCCCACCCAGAUGUUAUCAGGUGUCAGGCCCGGUGCCGCGUGGAGGAGCGUCUGGACGUGCAGCUGACGGGGUGUGUGCCGGGGCCAUCGGCCGCCCCCGUGGCCCGAGAGCAGGCUGGCGGUGAGCGCAGCGUGGCUCCAGCGGGACCAGGCUCCAGGUCGAUGCAGGAGGACUUCCUGUAUGAGAUUCGAUUUGAGAAAGAGGAGGGGCGGGCCCAGCUGGAACAUUGCGUUGCUUUGUCUCUCCUGGGGUGUGAACGAGACCCCCAGUCUGGCAUCGUCACCCUCUCCUUCAGCAUUGUGUUUGCCCCCUGCAAGCCCACCAGGUGUGCAGCAGAAGUAGCGGUUCAGUGCAUCACUGGCGGACUCUGGAAAUUUCCCAUCAUGCUCAUCUCCACAGAGCCGCAGGUAGAUGAUGUCAUCAACAUAGAAGCAGCAGGCCUGAAUAAGACAUCGGGAGUGGGUUUCCGACUCACUAGCCAAUCCAGGUACCCAGAACCCUUCACUGCACGCUUGUUGCCAGGCAGCGGGCCUGAGUUCCAGGUGACUCCUCAGUCAGGAGAGCUCCUUCCUGUGGGCUCACCUGGCACCCUCCUCACCGUUACCUUCACCCCCAGCAUGUACAGCAAAAGACACCAGGCAACGCUGCUCGUGCAGACUGCAGACAUGCAGUGGACCUAUGAGGUCAACGGAGUACUUCCAGUCUACACUCCUCCCUCUCCUCUGUCCGUCAAGGCCAAAGGAUCCAACAAGCUCCGCCCCUCGGGGGCGCGCCAGCAGGACGUCCUGCAGCAGAACUUUCAACUUCCAGCCGCUGCAGCCAAAUGAACCCAUCGGUGCCCUGUCCCUCACACCCACAAUCAUAUAAACCCCCGUUCCCCAUUGGCUGUGUUCUCUUGGGUAGCAGAGUGUAGCCAGUUUGUCUGUUAGUUAGUGAUCACUUGAAUGGGGUCCAGUCAAACAGCAGGUUGCCAAGGAACCUUUUCCUCCAGUGACCUUACGCGUAUCUCCUGUCCUCGCUGUGCAGGACACAUCUCCCUCCGCAACUAUCGGCUCCUUCAUAGGACACAGACCCCAAAGCAGUCUCAUUAUAAACAAUCACAGCAUCCCGGUUGUCAGUACAGAGAAAAACAGUGUUUCAGGUGUAACAGUGUUUUCACUUGUUAAAGGAGUCACAGGUCUCCUAUCCUUUUUUUCAAAGAGACAAUUAUAGGGAUCCAAUCCUUCAUUAGAGCCAAUCACAGCGUUCCAGUUCUUCAUUACCUAAUUCAGUGAUCCAGUCCUGCAUUAUAGUGAAUCACAAUGUUCCAAUGCUGCAUUACACUGAAUCACAGUGUUCCAAUUCUUCAUUACCAAGAAUCAGAGUGUUUCAAUAUUAAUUUUCCUAGAAUCAUUAGUUUCCAUCAUGCCCACCUCACCACAAGGCCAGGCUGACAUGUAGUGAGCUGGGCACAGUCAUUUUGUGAGAGGGAAGAUUGGAGACAUAGCAUAGUGUAAGAUUUUUAUUUUUAUUUUUAAGAAGGUAUUUUUCCCGGCAGCAGUAUCUGGGUCCUGAUCGACCACACGCUGUCGCAAGGGGUGGUCUUGUCACCGUGGCAGCAUUACAUUUCUCAUUAAAGCUUAAUCUCUCUUAACCCUUCUGCGUUCCUCCUCUCUGCAGCGUUUGUGCAAAUGGCGGCAGUAAAGCAGAGAGCCUGAGAAAGUCCACCGCGUCCCCGUAACUGAUGAUCUGAUCAUCUUAAACCGUUUAAACUGCAGUUAGCCUCCCAUUAAGGACAAGCCAAACACUGUGUCAGCAGAAGAGCCAGGGAAAGAAGGGUGGAGAAGGGGAGAGGAAGAGAAGAAGGGACAGAAAUCGUGUGAAGGAGGAGUGGGGAAAAGGGAAAGAGAGAGAAAGACCAACAUAGAGAGGCAGUUUAGAUAAAACCGGUCUCACAGAACUCACAGUGGCAGCAAAUUUAAAAAAAAAGUUUUUUAAAAAGAACCACAAAGAUCUGAAAUCGAGAGUUCUGCCAAAAGUUGCUGUUGCGGAUUAUUUAAAUACUGGUUAAGGUAAUUUAAUUAAUUUAGAGGGGGAAAUAUGAAAUCUCUUUUUUAAUAUUGUUUUGGCCAACAUGGUGACUGAAAUAACCAAAAAUGUCUGCUUUCAUUUUGCCAAAUCGUCUUUCUACAUUUUGGGAGUUGUUUUUUGAUGCACAUAUGGAAUUAAGAGCAAUGAAUGUUGUACCUGAGAAAUUAAUGACUUUUUUUGCAACAUAAAAAACAUUAAAAAAACAAAAGAAAACAA